GUCACAGGAACUCUUCCCCUCUUACCCUUCUCCUUCUUAAUUCCCUCUUCUACUCUGUUUCCUCCCUUGCUUUUAAUUAUUCUUCUGCCUUUUAGCUUCGUCACUGAAAAUUUUACACAUGCAGCUUCCUUUCCUCUUAGUCUUCCUCAUCCAUGUCGCCUAUUCUGAGUGAACUCUUCCUCUCCGGGUGCAUGCUAAGUUCCACAUUGAGGCGCAGGACUCAAAUGGUCCAGUCCUUCUCCGUCGUCUUCCUCUACUGGUUCUAUGUGUUCUCGUAAACUCGUUCUCCUUCCCGUCCCUUGAAUAGCCGUCGAAAUAUAAUUUCUCCUAGAUUUGUAGCAGCCGUAAUUUCCCCUAAAUCCUACUCGAGAUCUUAGUGUAUUUUUUUUGUACGUGUCCUAAGUAAAGUUCGACUCUGGUUUGUCGCUGCACCAUACGAACGAAUCGCGCUGCAACGUUUCUCAAGUUUGGAUUUUGAUGACUGUAACUUGGAUGGGUUGUGGAAGUGCAACUUCGUCGGGGUCGACGAGCCGAAAGCUGACCCCCGGUUCGACGUCGGAGGAGGAGGAGCACCGGGCGUUGAUCGCGCAGAGGAAGCUCCGACGGAUGCUGUCGAACCGGGAGUCGGCGCGGCGGUCGCGCUUGCGGAAGCAGAAGCACAUGCAGGACCUGACGGCGCAGGUGGGGCGUCUGAGGAAGGAGAACGGCCAGAUCCUGGUGGCUCUCGACGCCACCGCGCAGCUCUACGCCGGCGUCGAGGCUGAGAACACCGUGCUCAGGGCGCAGGCCGAGGAGCUAAGUGCCAGACUCACGUCCCUCAACGAGAUCGCCUACUGCUACUUGGUAGAAAUGGAAGGGGGAAGCUCGAUGGUAGCCAACGAGGUGGGCAUUCAUGGCGGCUGUUACUGCCCUGCCAUCCUGUAAGCAAGCUUUGCCUCUUCGUUUCGGGUGCUGGCAAUGCCUUAAGGUAAGCAAUUAAAGUCUAAUCCAGAUUAAGGAAGGUAGUAGAGAAGGAGCUAGCUGUACUGGUGCUAAUUAAGUGUGAUUUUGCAGCGCUUAAGUGGCUAAUAAUGAGUAAUUAGUGAAAAUGCAUGCGAGCUUCGAGUUGGUAAAGUUGUGGAUCGAUUAAUGGCGUAUCUUUGUGUAAGGGUUCUUCUAUUUUAUAUGCUGUCUCGAUUUUGGGAAUCAGAUUCUUUGAA